AUGAAAAGUGUAGCUGUUGAUGGUACAUCAGAUAAUUUACGUCAAUUAAACACCACUUGGGGGAAGAGUAGAGGUGAACAACAAACAGAGUUGAGUGCAGACGCACGGAACACAGUACGAAGAACAUUGUUUGUUGAGCCGUCCGCUAAAUUAGAAAGCGAUGAUAACAUUUUAACGGAUGAAAACGAAAAAAAUCCUAAGUGGCUAUCGUAUGUAUUACAGAGGUUAGGUGAAGAUACAAAAACUAUGCCUGGUAAUAGUCAAACACCACCAGCCAAAGAGGUAAAAGAGAGAGAGCCGGAAGUACAAACUGGAGUUGGACCUGAUUGUGGUAUAAAGGACGUUUGGGCUCAUAAUUUAGAAGAAGAGUUUACAUCAAUACGAAAACUUUUACCAAAAUAUUGUUAUGUGGCUAUGGAUACAGAAUUCCCAGGUGUUGUAGCCCGACCUAUUGGCGAUUUUAAAACAACUGCUGAUUAUCUGUACCAGUUGUUGCGAUGUAAUGUCGAUCUGUUAAGGAUCAUUCAAUUAGGGCUUUCAUUUUUCGACGAAGAUGGUAAAACUCCCACUGGUCCAUAUACUACUUGGCAAUUCAAUUUUAAAUUCAAUUUGUCGGAAGAUAUGUAUGCCCAAGACAGUAUUGAGUUAUUGACAAAUUCCAGAAUACAAUUUAAGAAGCAUGAAGAGAACGGAAUCGAACCUUUAGUUUUUGCUGAAUGCAUAAUCACAUCUGGUUUGGUAUUGAUGGAUAAUAUAAAAUGGAUGACAUUCCACAGCAGUUUUGAUUUUGGCUACUUAGUCAAGGUGUUGACCGAUGAAAAAUUGCCACAAGAGGAGUCAGAUUUUUUUGAUAUGUUCUCUCUGUACUUUCCUUGUGUGUAUGACAUCAAGUAUCUGAUGAAGAGCUGCAAAAAUUUAAAGGGCGGUCUACAAGAAGUUGCAGAUCAAUUGGAACUGAAGCGGAUUGGGCCACAACACCAGGCUGGUAGCGAUUCUCUACUAACAGGCAUGGCUUUUUUUAAAAUCAGGGACAUGUAUUUUGAAGGAAUGAUUGACAGCAAGAAAUAUUGUGGUCAUUUGUAUGGCUUGGGCAUUACCACAUUGAACAAUGGCCAAAUUCGGUACGAUAAUAAUGAAGGGCCACCUAAUUAA